AGUCUCUCGCAGCUGCUGCGCUGUCUGAUGUGUUUCCUGUUUCCUGUCUGCCAGGCGGAAAGGCGUUCAUGUUUCGUGUUCGUGACCUGAGGGACGGCGCCGUCGUCUACCAUCACUCCGACAGCGACACCACCCGCGACCACAUCGUCUUCCGCAUCAGCGACGGCCGCCAUAGCAUCCGCCACAAGUUCCCCAUAAACAUCCUGCCCAAAGACGACUCCCCGCCGUUCCUCAUCAACAACGUGGCGCUGGAGGUGCAGGAGGGCGCCGCCGUGAGGCUGGAGGAGUACACGCUGCUGGCGUCCGACCUCGACUCCAGCGACGACUACAUCCUCUACCAGCUGGUGUCCAGCCCGAAGGCGGGGCGGCUGCUCAGGAAGACGGCAGCCCACGAGGACGGAGAUCCGGUGGACAGUUUCCUGCAGAGGGAUCUGGUCCAGGGUCAGAUCUACUACCAGCACUCCGGAGAGGAACUCUUUGAGGACUCCUUCGACUUCACGCUGUCCGACAGCCACCAGCCGCCCAACCUCUCCCAGACAUACACCGUGGUGGUCCACGUGUUCCCGGUGAAGGACCAGCUGCCGGUGGAAGUGUCCGGCAGCGUCCGCUCACUAACGGUGAAGGAGACGGAGGUGGUCUACAUCACGCAGGCUCAGCUCCACUUCACCGACAGGGAGGAUCCAGACACGGACCUGAGCUACGUGGUCACGCAGCCCUGCUUCAGCCCACUGCAUCCUGGGCUGAUGGACGCGGGACGUCUGUUCUACACGGACAGCGCCGGCGCCAUGAAGAGAGACCACAUGGUGCCGGUGUUAAAGGCCUUCACGCAGCAUGCAGUGAACCACAUGAAAGUGGCCUUCAUGCCUCCCGUGGAGGACAUCGGCCCGGAGCCGCUCUUCGUCCAGUUCGUCUUCUCCGUCAGCGAUCACCACGGCGGCGCCGUCUCCGGCCUCCUCUUCAACAUCACCGUCACCCCUGUGGACGACCAGAGGCCAGAGGCCUUCACCAACCUGCUGCGGGUGGAGGAGGGCGGGGGGGCCUUUGUGACGGAGGAGCACCUCCUGGUCCGGGACCAAGACAGCCGGGACGAGGCCCUGAGGGUGGAGGUUCAGAGGACGACUCGCCACGGCCGUCUGGAGCUGCAGGGCCGGACGCUGCUGCAGGGGGACGGCUUCACGCUGCAGGACCUGAGAGGCCUGCGGCUCAGGUACAUCCACGACGACUCUGAGACCAGCGAGGACGCCGUCGCUCUGAAGGUGACGGACGGUCUGAACUCAGCGGACGUCGUGUUGCACGUUCAGGUCCUGCCCAUGAACGACGAGCCCCCCCAGCUGGGUGGGGGUCUGCGCGGGGAGCUGAGCUGCGAGGAGGGGGGGCGGGUCCAGGUGACGGUGGACUACCUGUCGGCCACGGACCGGGACAGCGACGACUCCAGGCUGACCUACAUGCUGGCCCGGAGUCCGGGCCGCGGGGAGCUGCAGAGAGCCGGACUGAGCGUGGACAAGUUCUCCCAGCAGGACCUGCUGCAGGGACACAUCUACUACAUCCACACAGGAGGAGAGAUCGGAGCCGAGCCGGCGUUCGACACCGUCACCCUCAUCAUCUCCGACGGCGAGGCUGGAGGAUCAGAAGGCUGUUGCCAUGGAGACGCCCCGCCUCCACCUGUACCGCUUCACGGCACGCUUCCUGUGUACGACCUCAACAUCACCAUACUUCCUGUCAACAACAAAGUCCCCGCCGUCACUCUGG